GUUAAUCUGGGUACAUCCCACUCCUUAAUUCAAUUGCUGACCGAAAUUGUUUGUACAUUGGAGGUGGACAGAUGUAGACAGAUGUGGCCCGCCCGCAUACCGAGCUUAACACAUCCAUAGCGCGCUCUGCCGACUAUACUACUUACUAUAUAAAGUCCUUAUUACUGUGCUUUGACUCGACACCCUGACCAUAUUUCUAACACAACGUCAUAACCUAAAAUUGUAUAUUACAAUUUUUAAAUCGUCCUCGUGUAUUUGUUAUUAUUUGCUAAUAUGAAGUGCAAAAUAAAAAGUGUGGUGUACAAUGAGAAAGCUCCAAGACCAAUAAAUUUGACUUUUACUAAUGGGAAAUUAAACCUCGAUGGAGAGUCAGGUAAUUGUCAAUUAUACAGAACAAAAGAUGAAAAGUUUGUACCAAUAUUUACUGCUGAUGGAUUGGAGUAUAAUGGAGAAACCAAUAGGUCAGAAGAGUAUUACCGUGAUUUCAUGGUAAUUAAGAAGAAGAAUUCAAAUUCUAUGAAACUGUUUGCAAUUGAUAAUGUUUUAAUGAAACCAAAACUGAAGAAGGACAAUGCAAACAAAGUGUUUAUUAAAAAUGAUAAUAAACAGGACAUGAUUAUGUUUGCAGAGACAUUUGGUUCAAAGAGAGAAGUGAAACAGAGCACAACAUAUGCUAAGAUGUGGAGAAAAGAUGAUGAUGUCAAUGAAACUAUGAAUAAUAUAUUGAAAGAUGAGGAUCUUUCAGAAAAACAAUGGGAAUAUGAUCAUUCCUCUCUAUUAUCUUAUCUUCCAGAAGUGAAUGAAAAUGCAGAGAAAGUUGAAGAUGUUUACAAUCUAAGCAAACUUAUUCCAGAGGACAUUCAAGAAGAAUUGUUACCUACUAUAAAUGAUUUACUGGAUGGUGCAGAGGUUGAAAUUACCAAUACAUAUUUAUCUUUAAAAAUUAAGAGGAUCUGUGAAAACUGCAUGGACAAGGAUGACUUCAAAUUGAAAAGGGAUUUAGGAAUUUAUUUGUUUUGUGAUGCUUUACUUACAGUAACUCAACAUGAGAUUCUUAAAGGAGUACCAAAAUGUGCAGUAAGUCGGGAAGUUUCCAAAUACCUCAUCAAGAUAUACACCAUCCAAAAACUCGCCAAAAGAUUUGUGUCGAAAGAAUGCAAAGCUAAAGCGUUUUCGGUAUUAAUUAUUUUACUUCUAAUUACACACGAUUUUAAACUCGAUAUGGAGUUAAUAGCAUCUAAUUUUCCUAUUGGCUUUAUGGAACUCCAAAGAUAUGCCUUGUAUGUGCGUUGUACUAAUGAUAAGAAAUACUCUGUAUUGAAAUUGCCGUUAAAACCUUUAGAUUUGACUAGACGGUUAUUUAAAAAAAAAUAGUUCAUUAUAUAUUUAUAUUAAUA